AUGGCAGGGAGACAUCGUGUUCGGCGCGAAGCAAUGAAGGACCGGCGUGGCUAUCCUAUUGAAGGACCUAAUGGCCGAGGCCCUCCUAUGCGGCCGCUUCCCCAUCCUGCAAUGUUGGAGGAAGAACUUGAAAUGCAGCGUGCUGAAAUUCGAACACUUUUGGCUGAUAACCGGAGACUGGUUGAAUACCGAAUGAUGUUGCAGCUUGAGGUUGGCGCUGCCAAGGAAGAAAUUCAUCGGAUGAAUGUAGGCUUUUCAGAUAUUCGUGCCGAAGAAGAAAUGCAAUCAAGGGAGCUCUAUGAAGUUCAGAAGCUGACUAGUGUUAGGAAGGAACUUACCACAAAAGUUCAGACCCUCACGCAGGACCUUGCGAGGUUGCAGUCCGACAAUGGACCAGCUUCUCUUGUAUUUGUUUUCAUUUUCUUAUCUUAG